AUGCGGAAGAGAUGGGCCUGCUGGAGAGGAAGUGACGCUUCCGGCGGCUGUGGCGGCGGCGGCUGCGGGAGAAGGAGGAGGAGCCGGAGGAAGAGGGCUGCCUCUGAAGAAAGGAGAAUGGCGUUCAGCAAAGGAUUUCGAAUCUAUCACAAAUUGGAUCCCCCACCUUUCAGUCUCAUAGUGGAAACUAGGCAUAAGGAGGAAUGUCUCAUGUUCGAGUCUGGGGCUGUAGCUGUGCUUUCAUCUGCAGAAAAAGAGGCAAUCAAGGGUACAUACUCCAAAGUACUGGAUGCAUAUGGACUCUUAGGUGUUUUACGAUUAAAUCUUGGUGAUACCAUGUUACAUUACCUGGUCUUAGUCACCGGAUGUAUGUCUGUUGGAAAGAUUCAAGAAUCUGAAGUUUUCCGAGUUACUUCCACUGAAUUUAUAUCACUACGAAUUGAUUCUUCAGAUGAGGAUCGCAUUUCAGAAGUGCGAAAAGUUUUGAAUUCAGGAAACUUUUAUUUUGCAUGGUCUGCAUCUGGAAUCAGUUUAGAUCUGAGUCUUAAUGCACAUCGCAGCAUGCAAGAACACACAACUGAUAAUAGAUUUUUCUGGAAUCAGUCUUUGCACUUGCAUCUCAAGCACUAUGGUGUGAAUUGUGAUGACUGGUUAUUACGCCUCAUGUGUGGGGGAGUAGAAAUCAGAACAAUUUAUGCUGCUCAUAAGCAGGCAAAGGCUUGCCUCAUUUCCAGACUCAGCUGUGAACGAGCUGGGACCAGGUUUAAUGUCCGGGGAACAAAUGAUGAUGGUCACGUCGCUAAUUUUGUAGAAACAGAACAGGUUGUGUACUUAGAUGACUCUGUUUCUUCUUUCAUACAAAUCCGGGGAUCUGUUCCAUUGUUCUGGGAGCAACCAGGAUUGCAGGUGGGAUCUCAUCGUGUUCGUAUGUCAAGGGGAUUUGAAGCCAAUGCCCCUGCUUUUGACAGGCAUUUUAGAACACUUAAGAAUUUAUAUGGUAAACAAAUAAUAGUGAAUUUGCUUGGAUCUAAGGAAGGUGAACAUAUGCUAAGUAAGGCUUUCCAGAGUCAUUUGAAAGCUUCUGAACAUGCUGCUGAUAUCCAGAUGGUGAAUUUUGACUAUCAUCAAAUGGUUAAAGGAGGAAAGGCAGAAAAAUUACAUAGUGUUCUUAAACCUCAAGUCCAAAAGUUUGUAGAUUAUGGAUUUUUUUAUUUCAAUGGAAGUGAAGUUCAAAGAUGCCAGAGUGGUACAGUUCGAACUAACUGCUUGGACUGUCUUGAUAGAACAAAUAGUGUGCAGGCGUUCCUUGGCUUAGAGAUGCUAGCUAAACAGCUGGAAGCUCUCGGCUUAGCUGAAAAGCCUCAGUUGGUGACUCGCUUUCAAGAAGUUUUUAGGUCGAUGUGGUCCGUGAAUGGUGAUUCAAUCAGUAAGAUAUAUGCAGGGACUGGAGCUCUUGAAGGAAAGGCUAAGUUAAAAGAUGGUGCUCGUUCUGUUACGAGAACGAUUCAAAAUAACUUCUUUGACAGCUCCAAGCAAGAGGCCAUAGAUGUUUUACUUCUGGGAAAUACUCUAAAUAGUGAUUUAGCUGACAAAGCUCGAGCACUUUUAACUACAGGAAGUUUGCGUGUUUCUGAACAGACAUUACAGUCAGCAUCUUCCAAAGUACUCAAGAGCAUGUGUGAGAAUUUCUACAAGUAUUCAAAACCCAAGAAAAUUCGAGUAUGUGUUGGAACCUGGAACGUGAAUGGUGGGAAGCAGUUUCGCAGUAUAGCUUUUAAGAAUCAGACACUCACCGACUGGCUUCUUGAUGCACCCAAGUUGGCUGGCAUCCAGGAGUUUCAAGAUAAAAGAAGUAAGCCAACUGAUAUAUUUGCAAUUGGUUUUGAAGAAAUGGUCGAGUUGAAUGCUGGAAACAUCGUGAAUGCAAGCACGACAAAUCAGAAGCUCUGGGCUGUGGAGCUGCAGAAGACCAUCUCCCGAGACAACAAGUAUGUGCUGCUCGCCUCUGAGCAGUUGGUGGGCGUCUGCCUGUUUGUUUUUAUCAGACCACAGCAUGCUCCCUUCAUCAGGGAUGUUGCAGUUGAUACUGUGAAGACUGGAAUGGGAGGUGCCACUGGAAAUAAGGGAGCAGUUGCAAUACGAAUGCUAUUCCACACAACAAGCCUCUGCUUCGUCUGUAGCCACUUUGCUGCAGGGCAAUCACAAGUCAAAGAAAGAAAUGAAGAUUUUGUAGAAAUAGCACGGAAGUUGAGUUUUCCAAUGGGAAGGAUGCUGUUUUCCCACGACUAUGUAUUUUGGUGUGGUGACUUCAACUAUCGCAUUGAUCUCCCUAAUGAAGAAGUUAAAGAGCUGAUAAGACAGCAAAAUUGGGAUUCUCUUAUAGCAGGAGAUCAGCUUAUCAAUCAAAAAAAUGCUGGACAGAUUUUUAGAGGAUUUUUAGAAGGAAAAGUAACCUUUGCUCCGACAUACAAAUAUGACUUGUUUUCUGAUGACUAUGACACCAGUGAAAAGUGCCGCACCCCUGCCUGGACAGACCGUGUCCUCUGGAGAAGAAGGAAGUGGCCUUUUGAUAGAUCAGCUGAAGAUUUAGAUCUUCUAAAUGCUAGUUUUCAAGAUGGAAGCAAAAUCCUCUACACAUGGACUCCUGGCACUUUGCUGCACUACGGAAGAGCUGAGCUGAAGACCUCCGACCAUAGGCCUGUCGUUGCCCUGAUUGAUAUAGAUAUAUUUGAAGUUGAAGCUGAAGAGAGGCAAAACAUUUAUAAAGAAGUAAUUGCAGUUCAGGGUCCACCAGAUGGUACAGUUUUGGUCUCAAUCAAAAGUUCUGUCCCAGAAAAUAAUUUUUUCGAUGAUGCUUUGAUUGAUGAGCUUCUGCAGCAGUUUACAAAUUUUGGUGAAGUUAUACUCAUAAGGUUUGUAGAAGAUAAAAUGUGGGUUACAUUUUUGGAGGGAAGCUCUGCCUUGAGUGUUCUGAACCUAAAUGGUAAAGAGUUACUGGGUCGGACUGUAACUAUUACUUUAAAAAGUCCAGACUGGAUCAAAAAUUUGGAGGAAGAAAUGAGUUUAGAGAAAAUUAAUGUUGCAUUGCCAUCAUCGACAAGCUCCACACUGCUUGGUGAAGAUGCGGAGGUCACAGCAGAUUUCGAUAUGGAAGGUGAUGUCGAUGAUUACAGUGCUGAAGUUGAGGAAAUUCUUCCCCAGCACCUGCAGCCGUCUUCAAGUUCUGGCCUUGGCACUUCCCCAAGCUCUUCACCCCGGACCAGUCCCUGCCAGUCACCGACCAUAUCAGAGGGCCCCGUACCUUCCCUUCCCGUAAGACCAAGUCGAGCACCAUCGAGAACUCCUGGGCACCCAACUUCACAAAGUUCUCCUAUUGACACUCUGCCAAGAGAGUCUCAGCCCCUAGAGCCCAAGAGGCCUCCUCCUCCCCGCCCGGUUGCUCCUCCUGCACGCCCUGCUCCCCCCCAGAGACCACCUCCACCUUCAGGGGCUAGGAGUCCUGCACCUGCUAGAAAAGAAUUCGGAGGUGUUGGAGCCCCGCCCAGUCCUGGGGCAGCUAGGCGAGAGAUGGAAGCACCCAAAAGCCCUGGAACAACACGGAAAGAUAAUAUAGGACGCAAUCAGCCUUCACCUCAGGCAGGACUCACAGGCCCAGGACCUGCUGGAUACAGUGCAGCCAGACCGACUAUUCCGCCCCGUGCUGGAGUGAUCAGUGCCCCACAGAGCCAUGCUCGGGCAUCUGCUGGAAGACUGACCCCCGAAAGCCAAAGCAAACCACCAGAAGUAGUGAAAGGGUCAGUUCUUCUUCCUGAACCGCUGAAGCCUCAGGCUGCCCUUCCUAUGCAGCCUUCUCCGCCCCCGCCUGUUCAGAAGCUGCAGGAGCCUCUUGUCCCCAUGGCAGCGCCUUUGCCUCAGUCGGCCCCCCAGCCGAGCUUGGAAACCCCGCCUCAGCCACCCCCUCGGAGCAGGUCGUCCCACAGCUUGCCUUCAGAGCCUUCGUCACAACCACAAGUAAAAACAAAUGGAGUCUCUGCUGUCAGACUGGAAUCACCAUUAAAGAGCAACCCAUUUGAAGAUCUGUCAUUUAAUCUGCUUGCUGUAUCAAAGGCUCAGUUACCUGUUCAAACAUCAUCUGUUCUAACUCCAAACCCAAAGGGGUUGAUUCAGUUGCCUUCUGCAACACAAAGUGGCGUGAAUACUUUGAGUUCUGUAAGUUGCAUGCCUCCAAUUCCAGCCCGGAGUAAAUCCCAGGAAAAUAUGCGAUGUUCUCCAAACCCAUUUGUUACUAGCUUGACCAGCACAAAUCCUUUUACGGACAGGACUGCCGCUCCUGGAAACCCAUUUAGAGCCGAGUCUCAAGAAUCAGAGGCAACUUCCUGGCUCUCCAAAGAAGAGCCUGUUGCUAACAGUCCUUUCCCCUCUCUGAAGCCUCUUGGUCAUAACAGUAGCAAGCCUGCAUCUUCAUUUGAUGGUUUUAAGGACAGUUUUGAUCUGCAGGGCCAGUCUAUGGCAAAAAUCAGCAACCCAAAAGGAUGGGUAACCUUCGAGGAAGAAAAGGACUUUGGUGUGAAAGGGAAGUCAAAGUCAGCUUGUCCAGACUUACUGGAUCAUCAGCCGAGUUCACUUUCUGGCUCCAGGGUGACCUUUGAUGAUGACUGGAAUAAAGGUACAAAUGUUCCUUUCUGUGCAUUGCCAUCAAGAAGGCCACCUCCACCUCCUGUCACUCUGCUUCCACCUGGCACCACUCCUUCCAUAGCUCCUUUCACAACCUUGGCAUCUAAGGCAUCACCCACACUAGACUUUACAGAAAGAUAA